GUCCAACUAACCUAUGGUACUGACUUACGGUAACUUAGUAUCAAUAUUCAGAAAAUACAUCGGAUUUGGAAAAACUGUCAACUGACAGCGAGAACUGAACGACUUGUCCAUGAGAUUGUGUCUUGAUAGUUGCUAGAACGGGAUUUCGCCGGGUCAGAAAUCGAGCAAAAGUAGCGCCAAGAUCUGCUCGACGUGUCGAGACUCGACUUGCGAACUAUCCUCGAUCAUGGCUUCUUCCUGCGCGCGAUGGAGGGCUUCCAGGACAAAGAGUCGCAUGAGUUCCGCGGUCAUUUUGAGUGCGUCAGGCUGGAUCUUGGUGAUGUCGCGCACAUCCGCCAAGACAUCAUCUGUGUCAUCGCACUUGGUCUCGUACAUGUCCGCUCCGUCUUGCUUGGCAUUGUCCCACACGUUGCGAAGAAUCCGUUCAAUGAGCUUGGGUUUGAAUCCCGCCGGGUUGGAAUCACCGCCGCCGCCGCCAUCCCCACCGUGAUCCAUUUGACGAUUGUACAUAUACGGAUAAGGUUACGCACUUUCAGGAUUAUCCGUACAAGUUGAACUUUAAAUAGCCCAAGUUCGUUCGAUCGGCCUUCAUGGGAUCAAGCACCGCCCUGCUCCUGGAAUGCAAGAGGGAGCUGGAGACGUCGACCUAUGACUACGACCACAUCUUGGCAUCAAGUGUCCUUGACGUGUGGCUCGGCUUGACGGCGCAUGUGGAGCGGCAUUUGGUGCUGGAGAAAGGGCUCGUCGUCCCCGUCUUCGGCAAGUUUGCAUUCGUCAAGGGAAAGGACGUGCCGACGCCUACGUUUGCGUUCACAGACAAGUUCCUCAAGUCGUAUCGAGUGACGUCCAAGCGACCGCUGCCGGCGUUGACGUGGCACUGUGGGGACGUGAACUACUCGACUGUCGCCGCCGACGCGCGCAUGAUGAAGGACCAAGCCCAACAUACCGUGGAAGCGAUAUUCAAACACGUGGGGGACGUCACUCAAGCAGGUACACGGUCGUGUCGGUUGAGCUUUGGCUGCGUGGGGCAUAUCGCGAUCGAAGGCAAGUGCAUCGCGUUUCGAUACGAUCCAGCCUUUCUCCGUACAUUGCAGGCCAACAAGAGUCAAAGCAGUAGCAGCGGUAACAACAUCGUUGCUCCGUCCAAACAACCAACUCCAACGACCCACAUGGACGCCCUGGAAGCCAUGGCAGGGAUCCAUCCAUCUCGCCAACAUGCUUCUUCCCGUCAACAAGUCGAUGGGAUGAUGCUCACGGUCAACAACUACAUGGCUCCAUCGAGUGCAAUAACCAAUGCUAUGGUUGGCUCAUCUCCAGCCUCAAAUUUCACUGCUUCGGCUGCUGCUGCUGCUGCUUUGAGCGCCAAUACAACGUCAUCUGACCAACCAGCCCACAAGCACCAUCAUCACCAUCAUCACAAGCACAACACGCACAGCCGACAGCACAAGCCCGCGCCGUCGCCACAGCUCAUGAAAUCCGCGUCCGACAGCGCCGUUUUGACAGUGCCCACCCAAGAUAUUCGUUCCCAUUGCCAGCACCACAUUUUGCCGCGCUUCCUUCUUCCGGAAACCAGGCCCAACCCAAACACGCAAACGUCCCACCUCCAGCAGCUCAUUUUGGAAAAGGCAUAUGCCCGGCACAAAGAGGCACAGGGCGCAGCCAAGGCCACGACGGACGCGAUGGACGCCGAGUACGCCCAGCGCAUGAAAAUUAUCGAGAUCCGGCACUUGAAGGAUCGGGCGACGGCGGCGCUCCAACAUCGCGACAUGCACAACCACCUCCAACAGCAGACGCUUGAGAAGCAGGUCAAGGCGAAAGAAGACCAUCGACUGGCAUCCACGGCGACCACGACGCCCGUGACGAUCCUUCCCCAGGCGAGGGGGCGCACAAAAGAAGAGGAUAAGUCGCAUAAGGCGAUGCUGCGGCGCCAACUGGACGCGGAAAUGCAAAAAAAGCGCGACCGACACGACCAUGCGAGCCACGUCCACCGCGACGAAGAAGUGUACUUUAUGGCUUGUGUGCAAACCCAGCACGACAAGGAGCGGCAGGACGUGGCGCGCCAAAAGCUGGCCGACAAGGAAGCGCUCAUGCGGGAGUGGAGUCGACAGAAAAUGCACACAUAACCACGUGGUCACUCAACAUGAACUGUUUGGGGUCUUUCGUUCGAUACAGUAGUAGGACUUACAGGUUGGGGAAUCGAUUAAUACUAACGUUAACGUUACAGUAGUCCUUGG